AUGGAUCCAUCUUUGUAUCUUUCCAGUGAUCCUCAGUUCAGUCCUCAUGCUUCAUCUCCCACCUCCGACCCUUUUGACUCUGCUCCGAGUAGCCCCUAUUUCGAUGGACCAUCAGAUAUCGAGAUUUCAGACAAUAACAAUGUCUUCCAACCUCAGCCACAACCCGAUCCCCAGCUGGAGUCGCAGAACCCUUAUCAACCGACCAUUCAUCCGCUUGAUGAGCCCUCGAGAGACUUUUCGUACUCGGAAAUGAUUUCUGCGGCGAUUGCAGCGUUGGACGAACCAGAAGGUUCGAGCAAGAAGGCAAUUUCGAGGUACAUUGAGGAAAACAACACCACUUGUUGGUUACCUGUUGCUCACAAGCUUUUGCUGGGUCACUAUCUCAAGAUAUUUACGACCAUUGGUCUCCUUGUGAGGGUGAGGAAGUCCUAUAAACUCGCAGUUCCUUUUCCUCCGGAGAGCGUUGCUGUUGUUGCUUCCCCUGCAAGUUUGCAAACCCCCAAAUCUGAGAUUCUCCCAAUUGACGACACCGUCAACGAACAAGGUCUGCUUGAUCUGGCGGAUGCUUCUGCUUCUUUUUCUGCUUCUGCUUCUGAGAUCCCUCAGAAGCGAGGUCGUGGUCGACCCCCAAAGCCUAAGCAUGGAGCUCAACAACCGACCGCCCAUGCUAACGGAUUGCCAAGCUUGGAGCAAAACGAAAUGGCUGUGACCAAUCCGACCGUGACCAAUCCAACUGAGGAGGUUCAAGUUACAGUGUCGGCAAGGAGAGGACCUGGUCGUCCAAGGAAAGGUGGAUCUGCUCCAAUCUCUCGUGCUGGUGUCAUGAAACAAAGAGGAAGACAGAGGAAGCCCACACCCGUCUCGGCUACUGCCUUUGUGAAUCCUCAGGUCGCCAACAGUGCUAGCAUGGCUGAGACUAGCGACACCGUUGUUGCUCCAACAGGUGUACAAGUUGUGGCGGUUGCGCGGAGGAUUAAGCAUGGACGAGGAAGACCACCUAAGAUCGGUGGUGUUUUGAAUAGGAUUAUUACAAAGCCAAAGCGAGGACGAGGAAGACCAGGUAGACCUAGAAAGAACACAACAUUGGCAGUCACUGGUGUCAGUGGGCCACAAGAUACGGGCUAUGAAGAACUCAAGAAGAAGUAUGAUCUCUAUAAAGAGAAAGCCUUGGAAAUCGUGAAUGUCUUAAGAGCCAAGAUUGCAACUAACAAUCCAGCAGUAUUGGUAGCCAUAACGAACCUGGAGGAGCUAACUGGAUAUGGGAUGGUUGAGCCAGAAGUGAUGGAAGAGAACACAACAUUGGCAGUCGCUGGUGCCACUGGGCCACAAGAAUCGGGCUAUGAAGAACUCAAGAAGAAGCUUGAUCUCUAUCAAGAGAAAGCCUUGGAAAUCGUGAGUGUCUUGAGAGCUAAGAUUGCAACUAACAAUCCAGCAGUAUUGGUAGCCAUGAUGAACCUUGAGGAGCUAAGUGGAUAUGGGAUGGUUGAGCCAGAAGUGAUGGAAGAGGUGCAGCCAGAUGAUGUAGCACCACAGACUGAAGCAGAACCACAUACUGAAGAUGCACCACAGACAGGAGCAGAGGCAAUGCAACAAUCUAUACAAAUCGCUCCACCAACUAAGAACGGCCAUGCACCACCACCCAUAGAAUCAAGAAAGAGCUCUCAGUCUGUCAAUCCUUACUAUGUCUGGACCUGCGCCGGAGGCACGACCCGGCCAGUUAAGGCCAGGAGCGUAUCGCCGACAGAAGGGACAAGCCGACCGGAACUUGCCCUAAAGCAGACAAGCCGACCCAUCCCAAGUUUGCAAACUACCCUAUCUGAGAUUCUCCCAACUGACGACACUGUCAACGAACAAGGUCUGCUUGAUCUGGCGGCUGUCUCUGCUGCUGCUUCUUCUGCUCGAGGUUGUGGUCGACCCCCAAACCCUGAGCCUGAAUCUCAACAACCCAUCGCCCACGCAAACGGAUUGCCAAGCUUGCAGCAAGACCAAGUGACCGUGACCAAUCCGACCGUGACCAUUCCAACUGAGGAGGUUCAAGUUACCGUGUCGGCAAAGAGAGGACCUGGUCGUCCAAGGAAAGAUGGAUCUGCUCCAAUCUCUCGUGCUCGUGUGUCUGGUGUCAUGAAACAAAGAGGAAGACCGAGGAAGUCCACACCCGUCUCGGCUACUGCCUUUGUGAAUCCUCAUGUCGCCAACAGUGCUAGCAUGGCUGAGCCUAGCGACACCGUUGUUGCUCCAGAAGGUGUAGAAGUUGCUGUGGCUGAGACUGGCGACACCGUUGUUGCUCCAUCACGUAUGGAAGUUGCUGUGGCUGAGACUAGCGACACUGUUGUUGCUCCAGCACGUUUAGAAGUUGUUGUGGCUGAGACUAGCGACACCAUUGUUGUUCCAGCACGUGCAGAAGUUGCUGUGGCUGAGACUAGCGGCACCGUUGUUGUUGCUCCAGCACGUGUAGAAGUUGCUGUGGCUGAGACUAGCGACACUGUUGUUGCUCCAGCAGGUGCAGAAGUUGUGGCGGUUGCGCCGAGGAUUAGGCGUGGACGAGGAAGACCACCUAAGAUCGGUGGUGUUGUGAAUAGGGUUAUUGCGAAGCCAAAGCGAGGACGAGGAAGACCAGGUCGACCUAGAAAGAACACAACACUGGCCGUCACUGGUGCUGCUGUGCCACAAGAUACGAGCUAUGAAGAACUCAAGAAGAAGUUUGAUCUCUUUCAAGAGAAAGCCUUGGAAAUCGUGAACGUCUUGAGAGCUGAGAUUGAAACUAACGAUCCAGCAGUACUGGAAGCCAUGGUGAACCUGGAGAAGCUAACUACAGUUGGGACGAUGGAACCAGAAGUGAUGGAAGAGGUGCAGCCAGAGGAUGUAGCACCACAGGCUGAAGCAGAACCACCUACUGAAGCCGGAGAGCAGACUGAGAUGGAGACUCAGAUCCAGACAGGAGCAGAGGCAAUGCAAGAAGCUACGUUCUGA